AUGGUGAGGGCGGAACUCUGCCAGCUCUGGUGGCGUGAUUGUGCACAGGUCUUAGGACAUGUGCCUCUGGCAGAGCAGGUCCACUUCGUGCUGCGUGUGGCCCACUUUGCCGUCACUGCUUCACAGCUGCUGCAGCCGGCCUUGCAGCUUUGGCUGGCCGUAUGGCCAGCGGCAGAAGGAGAUGAGGACUUGGUCUUGGCUUUGGAGAAAUUGGUGCAGGUCUCGGCGCGCUCCAACGCAGAGUGCGCCCCAGCGCUGCAGGCACUUUGCCGGAGCUUGGCUUCCGCAUCCUCGUGGGCCCCACAGACUGUGAGUGCUGCCUUGGGCACCGUCGAAGCCUCCGUGACGCCCAGCGGGGCGACUCCAUGGCCAUUGACGCAGCACAUGGUCUCCUUCUACGGUCCUGUACUGCAAUGCGCUGCGAGCAUCUCCGCUACUCAGAGCAUCCCCUUGGGCCUCGUGGGGGCCUUGGUGUCCUGGGACGCCACCAGUGACUUGGGUCUCCAGCUGCGUGGGGCGCUGCUGAGCAACGAACAGGCAGUACGCACCUUGUGCAACCAGAGCGAAGAGAACCGGACCACACUGCGAAUCAAAGAAGCUCUUGGCUUGUGA